GGUUGAUUCGAGAAGAUCCGACAUUAACAUCUUUGGUGAAUAAGGCAGCGGAAUCUCCUCUGUUUCUUGCUGUAGAGGGACGUUUUUAUGAGAUUGCUUCUAUCAUUUUGGACACUACUUUUCCUCAUUACUCUCUGUUAGGAGGAAAUGGCAUGACUGUGAUGCAUGCUGCUGUCAUUCGUUCUUGCCCUUCAUUUGAUGCAAGGCUGCUUUCAAGAAAUGUUACCAGGGCCAAGGAUUUUGAUGAAUUUGUUAAGAAGGUGUUAGAGAGAUGUGGAUCCCAGAUUUUGGAAAAAGCAGAAGAUGAGUUAGGAUGGACUCCUCUUCACUAUGCUGCAAACUUGGGACAUUCAACCAUGGUUAAACUAUUCUUGAAAGCUAAAAGAUCAGUUGCUUAUAUCAAAGAUAAACAAGGCAUGACAGCUCUUCACAUCGCGGCAAGGAAAGGACAUAUUGAAGUGAUGAAGGAAUUGAUGGAAGAAUGUUCAGAUAUUGGUGAGAUUUUGGACAAUAAAGAUCGAACUGCCCUUCAUAUUGCUGCUGAACACAAUUGCCAUUCUGUGGUACAUACUUUAGUGAAAGAGAGAGCUUUCACUUAUCUUAUAAAUGAGCAAGACAAUGAAGGAAAUACAGCUUUACAUGUUGCUGCUAUUCAUUCUCGUUAUGGAAUUAUGAAUCGUUUGACAAGUAAUACUUUGACAAACAAGAGAAUGACCAAUAAGAUGGGGAUGACUGCGUUUGAGAUUCUUCUCAAAUCAUCAAAUUUUGCUGGUUUUAUUGGAAAGUUUAUUGUUAGAUUAGAAUUGCGGCUGGCCAAGAAUAAAGACCCUCUUCUAAGUUUACAAGACACUGGAUAUGGGAUGGUGAAAAACCAUGGAAAAAACGAAGAAACAAGUGGAGAAACCCAAAUAGAAAUGACACAAUCCUGUGUACCAAUUAAAGAAGAUAAUGGUCAAGAUGUACAACACAUGCAAAACAUGAAUUUGGUGGUGUCCACACUCAUUGCAGGUAUAACAUUUCAAGCAGCCAUAACCAUGCCUGGUGCUGCACAAUACAAAACUAAAAAAGGCCUUAAAGCUUUCAAAGACUUCAUGGAAAUGGAUUCUUUGGCUUUUGGUUUCUCGGCGGGCUCUUUGUUAAUCCACUUCAUAUUUGCAAUGUUUUCCAUGAUCUCGAAAAGGAAAUUCAGGUAUCCUACUAUGGUGACAAUAUUGUUCAUCUUUCUUUCCAUUUUUAAUUUUGUGUUUGCCUUUAUCAUAGGUACAAACGCAUUGUUGUACGAGAAGAAAGAGCUGAAUAGUCUGCUUAUAACUAAAAAAGGUGCUUUGUUUUUUAGUGUUCCUGGUAAUUAUGCACUCGCAGCAUUCUAUCUCACUAUAGGUUAUGUCUUCUUCAUCAUUCGUUACCUCAAGAAAUAAUUUUUUUGUUUUUUUAUUAGUGUAGUAUUCAGUGGGGGUAGAAGAGAAGGUCUUGUUGUUUGAUUUUUAUUCUAGUUUUCAUAAAUUGGAAUUAAAAACAAAUGUUGUUGUAUUCAAGAAACCUGCAGUUAUUUAUUUAAUUUGUAACAACUUAU